GUAUGUGAUGGCAUGGGUCCUGCGCUCUCCUAUUUAAAUUCAGAGAACAGGUGAGCCAGGCGCAUUCUCCUCUCACUCACUCUCUCAAGGGACUGUAACACACCGGCUCCUGUCCAGCUCUCCAGGGUCCACAGUAACCGGACUCAACCAUGUGUGACGAGGAAGAGACAACAGCCUUGGUAUGCGACAACGGCUCAGGACUAGUGAAGGCUGGCUUUGCCGGUGACGAUGCCCCCAGGGCAGUGUUCCCCUCUAUUGUGGGGCGCCCCCGUCAUCAGGGUGUGAUGGUGGGUAUGGGUCAGAAAGAUUCCUAUGUGGGAGACGAGGCCCAGAGCAAAAGAGGUAUCCUGACCCUCAAGUACCCCAUUGAGCACGGCAUCAUCACUAACUGGGAUGACAUGGAGAAGAUCUGGCAUCACACCUUCUACAAUGAGCUGCGUGUGGCCCCUGAGGAGCACCCUGUCCUGCUCACUGAGGCCCCCCUAAACCCAAAAGCCAACAGGGAGAAGAUGACCCAGAUCAUGUUUGAGACCUUCAACGUGCCAGCUAUGUACGUGGCCAUCCAGGCUGUUCUGUCUCUGUACGCCUCUGGUCGUACCACAGGUAUUGUGCUGGACGCUGGUGAUGGUGUGACCCACAACGUGCCCGUGUAUGAGGGUUACGCCUUGCCCCAUGCCAUCAUGAGGCUGGACUUGGCUGGCAGAGACCUGACUGAUUAUCUGAUGAAGAUCCUCACUGAGAGAGGAUACUCUUUCGUUACCACCGCUGAGAGAGAGAUUGUCCGUGACAUCAAGGAGAAGCUGUGCUACGUGGCUCUGGACUUUGAGAAUGAGAUGGCCACCGCUGCCUCCUCCUCCUCUCUGGAGAAGUCCUACGAGUUGCCCGACGGCCAGGUCAUCACCAUCGGUAACGAGAGGUUCCGUUGCCCAGAGACCCUCUUCCAGCCCUCCUUCAUCGGUAUGGAGUCUGCUGGUAUCCAUGAGACCACAUACAAUGGCAUCAUGAAGUGCGACAUUGACAUCCGUAAGGACCUGUACGCCAACAACGUCUUGUCCGGCGGUACCACCAUGUACCCUGGUAUCGGUGACCGCAUGCAGAAGGAGAUCACAGCCCUGGCCCCCAGCACUAUGAAAAUCAAGAUGAUUGCCCCCCCUGAGCGUAAGUACUCUGUCUGGAUCGGUGGCUCCAUCCUGGCCUCCCUCUCCACCUUCCAGGCCAUGUGGAUCAGCAAAGAUGAGUACGAGGAGGCUGGGCCCUCAAUCGUUCACAGGAAGUGCUUCUAAAUGACCCUCUCCUCCCAUCUCAACCCUCUUCCUGCCCCAAAAUCAUGUCUCUAAUCCCCACAAACAACCCCCAUUGUAUUUGUUUACUAUUUGUGCAAUGUUCCCUAACACAAUCUGUAUUAUGGGUCAUCGGACUAUCAGGAUAUUGCUAAAUAAAUUAAUUCUGCCUUUUGA